CCCGCUUACCAGGCUGUCUCACUAAGCGGGCCAGCCCAGCUUCCAUAUAAACACAAAGGUUCCAACCGACUAAUUUAUAAAAGCAUCAGAAAUUUCAUUGGUAGCACGGGUCAAACAUGGCAAGAAAUGUUCAUGAAAAAUACAGCUGAAUUCGUCAGUAAAACUUCGCUCUGCUUGUCUAUGAAUAUUAUGAUUACUGAUUAGGUUCAUUGUGUCAACAAAAUUACUGGGAUUUGUAUAUUUGUAUGUCCACCUAGUAUACUAUAGCCAAACUGGGAUUUGUGUAUUUAUUUGUCAUGCUUAAUUAAAACUCGUAUUUUUCAACACAACUCUGCAAAUUAAAAUGCUUAACAACGUUUACUUCAUCAACAUUCAAUGACCAAAGAGAAUAUACUGGACAUGCAUCCAAACCCGUUAUUAAUUAAGCAGAGCGAACUCAAGUUAAAUCUGUGAACUCUAGCUGACAAUUUAAAAAGAUAGCAAAUUGAAAUGUCGGAUUGCCAGUCGAUAAAACACCACAAGACAAAUUCUUGAUGCUUUGGUAAGUACCUUUGAUAAGUGUAAUAAAAAUAACACAACACCACCGAUUACCUUACCUUAAACCGCAGGAAAAACCCCAAAACAACAGCUAAAAUCUCCUUCUGUCUUCGCAAAAUAUGGAAAGCACAUGGGAACACAAAGACGCCGCACGAAACCGGAAACCGAGGCAACUGCCAUGAACACGAAAGCGAGGCAGAUGUUACAUCCAAAAAAUCUCAAAAGGACACAGCAUCCAGCCGUGACGUCACGAUUAGGAAGCGUUCUCCUUCGUCGAACGCAAUUAAAAAUUUACAAUAUUCAAUCAGGAGGUCUACUCAAAAUCAUCAUGCCUAGACCUGCUAGGCGAAAACGAGAAAAAGAAAAAGAGCUUGCAGAAACAGCUAAAAGGAUGCGGAAACUGACAAGUUUUUUUAAUAGCGCGCCAACUAAAGAGGUCGACUUUGGGUCUAAUUCGACACAACCGUCAACAACGGAAACUCCACCAACCUGUUCAUCUCAUCAUUCUGAUUCCGAAUCAAAUUUCAAUGAUCCUGGCCCUACCUCCUCUUCAGAGAUACAAGUCGCGCAGCCGACCGAGCUAUCUACUCCCACAGCUUCUGACAACCUAGCGUCUGACAACCACAGCUUCUGA